AUGUUCAAGCUUUCUACUCGUUGGUUCUCUAUAGGGCGACCUUUACUUUCUCAACCAGGAGCUGUGAGAAGCGUUAACCUUGGUCCAAAGCUUGCUGCAAAGCAAUUUAUAGACCCUGGAACUCCCAUUAAAAAGGAAAAGAAGUUGAGAAGAAGAGAGAAAAGAUUGAAGAAGCAAAUCAUACGAGAUGUGAACACAUUGAAACAGUACGAUGCAAAGAACGUCCCAUUUCAGGUAGACCCUGUGUUGGGUGAUCCAAAGUGUCAAUUUUUCUCUCGUAUUAUGCAAAAAGUUGAAGACCAAGAGUCCAAUUUGGCUUACGAUGUUGACCGAGCAGAGAUGGAAAAGCUCUUUUACGCUGCCGAGAAACUAUCUCUUGAAAACUUAUCCAGCAAUGAAGAAAUACGCCAAGAGAUGCAACAAGUUGAGCAAAACAAAAAGAGCGCUGUGUUGACAAUUUUGAACUUGCGUAAUACCAACAGUACUGACAAGAAAAAGUUGGCCAUCAAGUAUGCUCGUGAGGAGUUACAAAGGGAGACCGGUGAUACCGCGUCUCCGGAAGUACAAGCAGCGGUAGUGACCGUCAAGAUCCAUUUUGGAAUGAGGCAUGUAAAGGAGAAUAAAAAUGACCACACCACCAUCAAAGCUGUCCGUGAAUUGGUUCAGUAUAGACAAAAGCUUUUACGCUACUUGAAGAGAAAGGAUCCUAAAAAAUACUACUAUGCAAUUGCAAAGUUGGGCUUGACGGAUGAUGUGAUUACUGCUGAGUUCAACAUGGGAAGACAAUACUUACAAGAUUAUAAAGUGUGGGGUGACAAGGUUUUGAUCAAGGAAACCCAAAGCGCAAGAAGAAAGAAUCUCAGGGUCAAGAAACUCAGGGAUAGAGUUAGCGAAUAUCAUGAUUUGGCAAAGAAGAAUUACGAGAUCAUGCAAAAGGAAAAUCUCAUCUAG